AUGAAGAAAACUCCCUUCUUGUGGAACAGUCAGGGACUGAAGAUUCACACAGGCUGGCCCAACACAGGGCUCACCCGGAGGAUCCAUGCUGUCUUAGAGUGUCUCACUGAGCUGUGCUAUGGCCUGGCCACCAGCAGCGCCCUAGUGACUCCAGAGGGCAGCAGGAGUAACAGGCCUCUCUCUCCCCAGGUGACAGGCAAGAGUUACCUCGGAGAGGUGCUAGCCAGAGCCACCCUUCUGGCUCUGCAGGCGUCGGACUUCCGAGGCGGCCCUGUGGGGAGAGGAACACGCACUGAUUCACGUGGUAGAGGAGAGGUCUCUUUGUAUGGUGUUCUCAGUUCCCAUGACUCUGACCUCAUACUUCACACUGCUGUCCAGGAUGUGCACAGUUGGGGCCAGUACCACAAGCCACAGGCUAUGGCCAUGGACCAUAAAUGCCUUGAGACUCCCUGGAAGGACAGCCAAGCGUUGAGCAAGACCAGCUGGAGACAAUCCCAGGAGACUCCAGUGGGGACCGUGAGCCCACCCCAAAAUUUCCCAACACCUCAGACUCUGAUCUCCACUAGGUACACAGGCCAUCUACUCUCUCCUCCUAGUGAACAGGAAAUGAGAAGCUGAGAGUAAUAUCCCAUUUAUGCAUCUAUGCACACUCUG